UGAGUGAAGUUCUUAAAGGAGACUGACUCACUCGUGGGCACCACACAUCGGUCCACCUGGGACUCCCUAGCUCAGUCCUAAGGGCCAUAUCCUCAAAGCUCCAGACCCUGCCAAGUCCUGGCCAGCAUCCCACCAGCUUGGGAGCCUCUAGGUCUCUGGACUCGCGCUGGGACACACCCCGGGGGAGGAGCCACCUCUCCUGGCCAGUGCAGGCAGCCAGCCAGCAUCGGCUUCCUCUCCUCUGCUGCAACCAGCUCACCCACGCCGGACCGACAUGGCCCAGGAACGCCCCUCCUGUGCCGUGGAGCCCGAGCACGUCCAGCGGCUGCUGCUGUCCUCUUAUGAGGCCAAGAAGUCAGCCUACUGCCCCUACAGCCGCUUCCCUGUUGGGGCUGCCCUGCUCACGGGAGACGGGAGGAUCUUCUCUGGUUGCAACAUAGAAAACGCCUGCUACCCACUGGGUGUGUGCGCCGAGCGGACUGCCAUCCAGAAGGCUAUCUCAGAAGGAUACAAGGAGUUCAGGGCUAUUGCUAUCUCCAGUGACCUACAAGAGGAGUUCAUCUCUCCGUGCGGAGCCUGCCGACAGGUCAUGAGAGAGCCCAAGGUGGAGGUACUUCAACAGCGGCUAGGAAGAUGGCUCAUUUGUGUGCAACCUUGAGGACCAGAGUUUGCAUCCCCGGAAACCCACGUAACUGUGAGGUGGUCUAGGCAGACGCCUGCAAUCCUGGUCUUUGAAGGCAGAGACGGGAUCUCCAGAGCAAGCUGGCUGGACCAGCCCUAUGGGUGAGCUCUGGGUUUGAUGGAGAGACCCUGCCUCAGUGAAUAAGAUAGAAGAGCCAUAGAGGAUGAUUCAAGACCCAACCCUUGAUUUUCCACAUGCAUGUGCUCCCAUGUGUGCCCCCCUCCCCCAACGUGCAUACACACACAUGAAUUCCACGCAUACAUGAAAAUGGAGAAAAGGUAUUGUUUUACGAAAGCUCUUGGGGGCAUCCCCUAGGGAAUGCUCAUGGCCAGUUGACAACAGGCCAUGGAUUGUGCUGUUGUCCAGUGCUUUUCCCCUGAUUCCUCCUCAGGCUCUAUGAACCAGGUGUAAUUAUUGUUACUCACAUUUGACAGGAGAGGAAACUGAGGCACAGAGGACCAUUAGACAGAAAACAGUAGAGUCAGAUUCAAACCCAUGCCUUCCAUUGCCCUCAGUCCCCUGGCCUCUCACACAGUUUUGCUCUCUU